AUGCUUUUUACUUCAACAACAUAUAGACAUGAAGGAAUCAUUAAGAAUCAGAUUUGGUUUCUCAUUCUUAUUCUUCAUCCUCAUCAUCUUGAUCAUCUCAUGGGGGAUUUCACCAGUAUCUUCAGAUGAGGGUGUCGCCAGGAAAGAAGAGAAUCCGUCGCUUUUAAAGAUCAUAUGUGGGAUUUGUGGCGCAAUGCAGAAGAUCCAGAUGAAGCUUUACCCUCCAAAUCUUGAUUUUAGAAGCAACAGCGACAAAAACAACAAGGACGGAGGAGAAGAGAAAGGAGAGAAAGUGAAAGAGGCGGCGACAAGGAGCCUUGAAGUAAGCAAAGAAGCUAUUGAAGACUCUGCAAAACUAGCAGGUGGUGUUGUAGGAGAAAUAGUUCACAAAACAGCUGAGAAAGUCACCAAACAAACCUCACAUGAUGAAAUGUAA